GGGGAGGGUUUGGGGGGGCUCUGGAAGCAAGUGUGGCUGUGGGCAAGAUGUGUGUGCCAGGGGACAGCUGUGUGCUGACACGGGUGAAUGUGCAGGACAGUGCCCAUGCCCGCUGUGCCCGCGAUUCUGCGUGUUUGCAGUCUGAACAGUGUGUGACAGCACAGACGUGGUCCCACGGGCACGAGUAGGGACACGGGACCCCCGGGGCCACAGCAGGGCCGUGUCCCCCUGCACACCCCGUAACAGCUCCCCCUCCCGCCCCUGUAAGGCACCCCCGGGGUGCAGCCCCCUCCCCGGGACACCUGUGUGGUCCCUCCCUCUCCGGCCCGAGCGGGGGUCCCGUCGCCCCCGUCCCCCUGUCUCCCGUCUCGCUGCUUUCCCUCCCCAGAGCCCGGUCUGGUCCCGGGCUCGUCCCGGGCCGCCCCGCCGAGGGGGCACCGGCUCGGGGCGGCCCCGGACCCCGCCGCUCCGCCGCUGACCGCGCUCCCAAACCCACCCCGAGGAUGAGGAGCCGCCCGGUGCUGGCGGUGCUGCUCAUCCUGGCGCUGCCGCUCGCCCUCGCCCGCCGUCGCCCCGCCGCCGCCCCGCAGGGUCCCGCGCCCCCCGCCCAGGGGAUGCCCGACCCGGAGGCGCUGCCCUGGAGCGCCCGCGGCAGCCCCGGGGCCGCCGCCGCUGCCGCCGCCGCGCUGGAGCUGCUGCGGGAGGAGGGCGCCGGUCCCCCCGCGGCGCCGCAGAAGCGGGACAUGCACGAUUUCUUCGUGGGGCUCAUGGGGAAGCGGGCGGCGGAGCCCGGGCGAGCGGCGGGGCGGGGGGAGGGCGGCCCGGCCCCCCGGUGCUCUCCAGGGACCCCCGCGCCCGGUCAGGCUCCGCUGCGAGCCCUGUGAGCCGCGGGACGAGCCCCCCACGACCGAGGGGCCGCGGGACCGGCUGUGGGGGAGUCCCGGGCGCCGCCGCCCACGGAGCCAUCGUGGGACCCCUCCGGGAGCGCGGCCGUCCCGCCCCGCGCGCGUGUCCGCGCACCCGUGUAUACCCGCAUUGCCCCGCUAAACACCCACC